UACCCUGCUUCCCACUACAAUCUGAGACUGCUUUCAGGCAUACACAAGACAGACCUGUUGCGUUCCAACAUGGCAGGAAGGAGACGGAGAGCCAACAACGGCAGCAGAGGGGGCGGUGGAGGUGGUGGUGGUGGUGGUGGUGGUGGUGGUGGUGGUGGCGAGCAGAGGCAACCCCAACAGCAACAACAGCAGCAACAACAGCAGCAGCAACAGCAACGUCGCCGCCGGAAUAAACCACGACAGACGCUGUCACAGCCUGCAGUCUUUGCCAGGGCCAAAGGUAGCGAGACGGCCAUCCCUUAUGAGAGAGUGACACUUGAGCAGGCUCGCAGAGGAACGGCAGCUGAUCGGCCAGUGAGAGUGUACGCAGAUGGCAUAUUUGACUUAUUCCACUCUGGCCAUGCCCGUGCUCUGAUGCAAGCCAAGGUUCUGUUCCCCAACACACAGCUAAUAGUGGGAGUGUGCAGCGAUGAGCUCACGCACAAGUAUAAGGGCUACACCGUGAUGACCGAGCGUGAGCGUUAUGAGGCCUUGCGACACUGUCGCUAUGUCGACGAGGUGGUCCGUGAUGCACCUUGGACUCUUAGUCCUGAGUUCCUGAAGAUGCACAGGAUUGACUUUGUGGCCCAUGAUGACAUCCCAUACACAUCAGCAGGAUCUGAUGACGUCUACAAACAUAUCAAAGAAGCAGGAAUGUUUGUGGCUACUGAACGGACAGAAGGGAUCUCUACCUCUGACCUUAUCACCCGAAUUGUGCGGGAUUAUGACGUGUAUGUGCGUCGCAAUUUGCAAAGAGGUUACACCGCCAGAGAACUCAAUGUGGGAUUCAUCAAUGACAAGAAGUACCGUCUGCAGAACCAGGUGGACAAGAUGAAGGAGACGGUGCACACGCUGGAGGAGAAGAGCAAGCACCUGGUGCACCGCGUGGAGGAGAAGAGCCACGACCUCAUCCUCAAGUGGGAGGAGAAAUCCCGCGAGUUCAUCGGGAACUUCUUGGAGCUGUUUGGGCCCGACGGAGCCUGGCACAUACUUCAGGAGCGGAGCGGCCGGGUGCUCCAGGCUCUGUCACCGUACGGGUCCCCCCGCGGCUCUCCCAGCAGCAGCCCCACUAGAGGGCGCUCUCCCUCACCGCCCACCCACUGGCCCCUCCUGCGCUUCAGGUCACCGCCACCCACCCCAAAAGCCCGCCGCAGCAGCCCUGGAAGUCCUGGCAGCGAGGGGGAUGAAGAGGAAGAGAAAUAAAUAUGCCCCCACACCGAUACAUAUACAGAAAGACAGACAGACACACACACCGACACACAUACACACACACACACACACACACACACACACACAAACACAUCAAUACAUCAUGCAAGUAGGCAAGACACAUUAUCUAACUCAAUUGUGUGCCACAUGCACACAUACAUACAUAUAUCCAUAUGCACCACAUAUAACCAUGUAUGUACAGGCACUAGCACAAAAGUAACAUGAAAUGCACUUUGCCUCUCCGACUCAAAUACAUUCACACACAGAAACAGUAGCUCCUCAGACGCGCGUGCGUAUGUCUCCAGAACUAAAACUCAUAAUUAUGUAUUUAUUCCUGCACUGCAUGUACAAACUUACUGAUGGAUUCUGGAUAUUGCAUUCUUUCAUAUUUACAUGUUGACCGAUUAUUUAAUGUCAUAUAAUUCAAAUACAAUAUGCAAUUAGUGUGCUGUAAAGGUGAGCUGGUUUAAGUUAUCGUAUGGUUCUUUUCAGUUUCAGUCUUAAUGAAUCACUAUGAUAGAAAUGAGUGUAUUGUUUUUUUGAAAACUCUAAUUAAAGACUCCUUGUUGAUUACUUUGAAA